AUGUUCGUCAGCAAAAAAAAAGAGACAAUAUUUUACAAUUUUAAUAAUUUCAGUACCAUCGAGGAAAUAGAUAGAGGCGGGUUUGGAAUUAUUUGUAAAGCUAUUCUUUUAGAAGAAACAGUUGUUUUGAAAAAAUUGAAUGAAGAUGGAAAUGAAGCAGAUUUACUUAAUGAGAUAAAACAUCUUAAAGAAGUUUGUCCUCAUCCUAAUAUCAAUUCACUCCUUGGAAUUACUAAAGAUCCAAAAACUAAAAACACAAUAAUAGUCUUGAAUUACGCAAAUGAAGGAAACCUGCAAAGUUAUCUUAAAAAAAAUUGGAUAAAUUUAAUUUGGAGAAAAAAAAUCAAAUUUGCACUUGAUGUAGCAAACGGACUCGAACACCUACAUAAGUUUAAAAUAAUACACCGUGAUUUGUGUCCCAAAAACAUCCUCGUCGACAAUGGUGUAUUGAAGAUAGCCGAUUUUGGAUGCUCUAAAAUUUUUCGUGAAGAUUCGUUAUCCAACUCAAAGAUUUUUGGAAAGAUUGCAUUUAUCGAGCCUCAGUGUUUUAUCUCGCGACAAAAAUUUAAAAGAAAUUUUAAAUCGGAUAUCUAUAGUUUUGGUGUAAUCAUGUGGUUAAUUUCUACUGGACGCAAGCCUUUUGAAGAUUCUAAUCCAUAUACCCUUAUUCAAGAAAUACCCAAAGGAUUAAGAGAAAAAGAUUUGCCUCAAAAAACACCCUCCGAAUACAUUAAUAUCUAUCAAAGGUCUUGGGACUCGGAUCCAGAAAAGCGGCCUCAGCUGAUUGAAAUAAAGAAGGUGUUGGAAAAUCUUCAAGAACUGAUAGAACUAAGUUGCGAAUAUCCAUAUGACCUUCCAGAAUUAAAAGAAAAUCCCCAAAGCUCCAUAAUACCCAAUCUUACACAUUCAUAUCCUACCAAUUCCAUUUCAAACUUUGACUCUCCAAAACAAAAAGAAAAUCUCCAAAUUCCCCAAAUCAUCAUAACAUCGGAUCGUAGACAUCAUUCAUAUUCUACCGAUUCUAUUUCCAGUGUUGAUUCUACUUCAAACUUGGAUUCAAACAAAUUCGAUUUAGCCAUAGAAUUUGGAAAGUUAAUAAUUGAACACAAACUUACAUGUUCAUUAAAAACAAACGAAGCGUUUCGAAGGUUUUUAAAAGAUCAUGAAAAUGAUGCACCAAUAAUUUUUAAUUCAUUACAAGCAAUGCAACAUGAACAAAAGGAUCUAUUCAUAGCCUUAUCAUAUUUUCAUGGGUUUGGAAUAGAAAAAGAUGAUGAGAAGUAUUUGGAAAGUCUUGAAAGAGCAUGCUCAAAGGGUGUUGUGUUUGCGGUCUCUGAAUUGGCUACUUGUUAUUUUAAGGGUGUUGGAGUUGAAAAAAAUCUUGAAAAGUCAUUUGAACUCUAUAAAAUAUCAGUUGAAGGUGGAUUCUUGGCUGAUAAAUGUUUAUUGAGCGAGUUUUAUUAUUAUGGUAUUGGUGGAGCAGAAAGAGAUCCAAAACAUGCAUUCCACUUGUUAAGAAGUUCUGCUACAGUUGGAUACAUUCCUGCAAUGUAUUGGUUAGGAUAUUGUUAUCAAUAUGGAGUAGGUGUUACACGUAAUUUGGAAAACGCUGCCGACCUAUAUCGCGAAGUUAUUCAAAAAGGCGAUUAUAAAGAUGCAAAAGAAAAACUGGAAACCUUAUCAAAUCAG